AAUCAGUACCACCCUGGGAUUGAGACACACUGUCUUCUGGUCACUGCUGGCCAGUCCCAACAUGGAGGGUACGGAGCUGGUUCUUCUGCUUCUUUUAUUUCUGAAAUCAGGUCAAGGACAUCCCCUGGAUGACUAUGUGAACACCCAGGGGGCGUCUCUGUUCAGUGUCACCAAGAAGCAGCUCAGGACAGGAAACACAGAGGAAUGUGCAGCCAAAUGUGAGGAGGAGAAAGAAUUCACGUGCAGGUCAUUCCAAUAUCACAGCAAAGAGCAACAAUGUGUGGUAAUGGCUGAAAACAGCAAGUCAUCUACAGUCAUUAGGAUGAGAGACGUUGUGUUAUUUGAAAAGAAAGUGUAUCUUUCAGAGUGCAAGACGGGGAAUGGAAGGAACUACAGAGGGACAGCGUCCAAAACGAGGAAGGGCGUUCCCUGUCAGAAAUGGAGCUCCAGUUUUCCCCACCGACCUAAGUAUUCCCCUGAUGCAUACCCCUCGGAGGGACUGGAGGAGAACUACUGCAGGAACCCAGACAAUGAUGACCGGGGGCCCUGGUGCUACACCACAGACCCAGAACAGAGAUUCGACUACUGUGACAUUCCUGAGUGUGAAGGACAAGGAGGAACAGAUAAAGAUGAAUGUAUGCACUGCAGCGGAGAAAAUUAUCAGGGCAAGAUUUCCAAGACCAUGUCUGGACUGGAAUGCCAGGCCUGGGACUCUCAGAGCCCACAUGCUCAUGGGUACAUUCCUUCCAAAUUUCCAAACAAGAACUUGAAGAUGAAUUACUGUCGGAACCCUGACGGUGAGCCCCGCCCAUGGUGUUUCACCACCAGUCCCAACAAGCGCUGGGAGCUCUGUGACAUCCCCCGCUGCACAACACCCCCACCGUCUUCUGGCCCAACUUACCAGUGUCUGAAGGGGAGAGGCGAAAACUACCGUGGAAAGGUGGCGGUUACUGUGUCUGGGCACACGUGUCAGCGCUGGAGUGAGCAGACCCCUCACAAACACAACCGGACACCCGAAAACUUCCCCUGCAAAGGCUUGGAUGAAAAUUACUGUCGUAACCCAGAUGGAGAAACAAGCCCAUGGUGCUACACAACCAACAGUGCGGUGAGGUGGGAGUACUGUGCUGUGCCGUCCUGUGAGGCCUCUCAGACGUCUGUGGAACACGUGGACACUUCAGCACCACCUGAGGAAACCCCUGUUGUCCAGGACUGUUACCAGGGCAAUGGACAGAGUUACCGGGGCACCUCAUCCACCACCAUCACAGGAAGGAAAUGUCAAUCUUGGUUGUCUAUGACGCCACAUAGGCAUGAAAAGACCCCACAAAACUACCCAAAUGCUCGGUUGGAAAUGAACUACUGCAGGAAUCCAGAUGGCGACAAAAGCCCCUGGUGCUACACCACUGACCCAAGCGUGCGGUGGGAAUACUGCAACCUGCGGAAAUGCCUGGACACACAAAGCAGCGUGGUGGCCACACCUCCAACCACAGCCCAGGGUCCCAGCCAUGAGGCUCCUUCUGAACAGGACUGUAUGUUUGGGAACGGCAAAAGCUACCGAGGCAAGAAGGCAACCACUGUCACUGGGACCCCGUGCCAGGGCUGGGCUGCCCAGGAGCCCCAUAGUCACACAAUUUUCACUCCAGAGACAAACCCACGGGCAGGUCUGGAAGAAAACUACUGCCGGAAUCCUGAUGGCGAUGUCAACGGUCCCUGGUGCUACACCAUGAAUCCAAGAAAACUUUUUGACUACUGUGAUAUCCCUCAGUGUGUGUCCUCGUCAUUCGACUGUGGGAAGCCUCAAGUGGAGCCGAAGAAAUGUCCCGGCAGGGUGGUGGGCGGCUGUGUGGCCCACCCGCACUCCUGGCCCUGGCAGAUCAGCCUCAGGACCAGAUUUGGAAAGCACUUCUGCGGAGGCACUUUAAUAUCCCGCGAGUGGGUGCUGACUGCUGCCCACUGCUUGGAGAAGUCCUCGAGGCCUUCGUCAUACAAGGUUAUCCUGGGGGCACACCAGGAAGUGAAUCUGGAAUCGCACAUUCAGGAAAUAGAAGCAUCGAAGCUGUUCCUGGAGCCCUCCCGAGCGGACAUCGCCUUGGUGAAGCUGAGCAGUCCUGCAGUCAUCACAGACAAAGUAAUCCCAGCUUGUCUGCCAACCCCAAAUUAUGUGGUUGCUGAUCGGACAGUAUGUUACAUCACUGGCUGGGGAGAAACCCAAGGUACCUUUGGGGCCGGCCUGCUCAAGGAAGCACAGCUCCCUGUGAUUGAAAAUAAGGUGUGCAACCGCUACGAGUAUCUGAAUGGACGGGUCAAAUCCACGGAGCUCUGCGCCGGGCAUCUGGCAGGGGGCACUGACAGCUGCCAGGGUGACAGUGGAGGGCCUUUGGUUUGCUUUGAGAAGGACAAAUACAUUUUACAAGGAGUCACUUCUUGGGGGCUGGGCUGUGCACGCCCCAAUAAGCCUGGUGUCUAUGUUCGUGUCUCAAGGUUUGUUACUUGGAUUGAAAACGUCAUGAGAAAUAAUUAAUUGGAUGGAGGAUGGAGUGAAACAUCAACUUACCUAGAAGCUGGGAUGUGGGUAGGGAACUUAAUUAACAGUAAUCCCACAGCGACAGUGUCCCCAGCUAACAUCGACUGCCAAACCUCAGCAUUUUUUGUAUUGUUCUGUAUAAAUGUUUCCUGUCCCCGGACUGCUGGGCCCUGGAAUUAUAAGACAAUGUAGCUCUAACAUUUGUUAAAAAUAAACUCGGUACUUACUUUGAGUUAA